UACUGUCCAGGACUGUCCACCACCCGUCACUCUCACUGGUGGAACGUCUUCGGAAUCUUCCCUGUGUCCAGUCGGAAAACGAUGUUAAUUUGACGAGCAGAAUAUACCGGAACUGACGAUGUCGCUACUAUUCCUAAAUACCCGUAACCCCACGUGGCAGGACCGAACGGUCAAUGUGGAAGUGAUGCUGGCACCGGCUAGGAACCAGCUCCUCAUGAACAAACACAAGACUCUUGGUAGUAAAUGCCUGAAGGCACAACGCCUAUACGACAAGGAGCGAGAAUCCAUGUUAAAGAACAUAGUUAUUGAGAAAAGGAUAAUGGAAAGAAAACAACAGGUACUAUCGAGGAAAAAAUCCGAUAUUAUGAUGAAUCGCGUCUCCUCUAGUGUGUGUUCUGAUAGACAGAUCAGUACACCCGUUCUUACAGUGUGCUCUAAACGGGGUGGCUCGGCACCGGCCAAACUCGGCUGGGCAGAAAAAAAUACGAACAAACCAGGCGUGUUUUUAACGGAAGUGGCAGGGGCGGGAGAACUUCGGUCUCAAUCUGUAGCUCCAGCGGAAAGAGACAAACAGUGGAAACAGUCCUCGUCACCCUCACACGGUAAUCUAAGCAAGAAAGCCGUGGGCUCAGCUUCUCAGCUGUCAAUGUCCUCUCGACGUGUAAUCUCCCCUUUUGGAUCCAAGCGUUCUUCAAAGAGAAUUAAGUCCGUGAGGUUUAACGACAUUCGUGAUCAUGAGAAUCAGGAAACAGACAAUUACCCAUCCAGACCUUGUGUUGACGGGCUAGUACAGCAGUUCGUUCAGACUCAGGCCGAGUUUAAUCAGAGACCAGUGACAGGUAGCCGUAACCAGUGGACAAAGAGGCCGGACACAAACUCGCCAUUGGUCGCCAAGCGAUAUUCAACCCUCAGCGUAAACAAUAAUAAACUCAUUAACGCAUUUGACAAUUUCUGUUUAGACAAGAACAAGGAAGACUUCCAAAAACUUGUGAGACUCGCUUCUAAACUAAAGUCAUCAGUGAAAAUGGCGCGGAACCAAUCGGUAGUUCCCCCUGUAGCCGCUCUACGAUCACGGAAAGCGUUCAUGGAAAAGAUAAAAAAAUCCGAGGACACGAACUCGUAGUCUAGAUGGAUAAUAUUUGUGAUGAUGUAAUGUAAGAUGAUAUGUUAAUGUAUGGAUGUGUUGUCAGACGAUAUCUCAAUGUAAGGUCGUGUUGUCAGAUGAUAUAUUAAUGUAUGGAUGUGUUGUCAGAUGAUAUCUCAAUGUAUGGUUGUUGUCAGAUAAUAUCUUAAUGUAUAGAUGCAUUGUCAGAUGAUAUCUUAAUGUAAGGACGUGUUGUCAGAUGAUAUCUUAAUGUAUGGACGUUUU